UUUCGCGAUCAGUAGGGUCGGAGAACGCCGCGCUGAUCAUUCGCUCCGGACAGGCGACAGGAGACGGUGCGUGAUACUCAGUGCUCUGAUUUCGAAUAUAGUAGUAUAGUAGUAACGAGUGUAAGUGAGACGUGAUUAAACGAGAGUGGUGAGCACAAAUCGAGGUCCUUCGUUCAUUGCUUCGAGACGUUCAGGUUCCUGAGAGACACCUGGACAUCGGAAUAAACCUGCAAUCGUCACAUACACGUUCAAACUCGGAGUUGAGCGCAAAAUCGUGAAACUACUUCCGAUCCAGUCCAGUCAUCACCUAUGAACGACAUGAUGCGCUCCAAGAUUGAUGGGAUGAACAACAAGGAUGAAGUGUUGGAUAUGGACGAGAUACCCGACGAGAUAUCGAAGCCGCUGACGUUUCCUGACAAUGCACAUAUCGUGCCACAUUUCCGAUCACGCGCCGGUUCGCUGGCGGAGACUGAGUUUCCAGACGUUCCACGGAUGAAUAUCGGUCCCGAGCUGAACAAUCUGAGCGAGGUUGACGGCAAGCAACCGAUCGGUUUUGACGACAGAGUCAUCGACGACGAGCUGCUACCGAGACGCCCGUUCUCGCCAGCCAACAUCGAGAGCCACGAUUUCCUUCCCGAACCACCGCUCACGCAAGUCACACCCGACGUGAACUUGUAUCAGCACAAAAAGACCGUGGCUCAAGGUAUGAUGGACCUAGCGCUCUUGUCCGCCAAUGCGAAUCAGAUGCGUUACGUUCUGCAGACCGAUGGCCAGCAUCCGUACUUCUACCCGUCGCUCAUCAUGAUCGGCACAAGUCUGUUUCUGCAAGUCGCCGUGGGCAUCGGCCUGAUAUGGAACAGCCGCUAUAACGUCAAACAGCACGAUGAGAUGUGUAUGGCUAAUAAGGCGAAUAACUGGACGGUGAUCGGUAUUUUUCUUGUGACGAUACUUAAUGUGUUCAUCUCAUCGUUCGGUGUCGUGGAUCAAAUGACGUCGACGACGACGACGGCAGCAACGGCCGCCGCGUAGCGCAGCCUGCGUAGCACUUCUCACGACGACGCGUUGAUUAAUUUAUUAUUUAAUUACGAUUGAUGUUUCUGAUGUUAAUUGUUUUUGAAACGAACGAACUUUGGGAACGUUAUAUAUAUCAUUUCGUCGACGCUAACUUGGACACGCUUAAAAUGUAUGAAAGGUUACUUGUAUGCAGCGAGUUGGUAUCCAGAGUACUUCGUGCUCAUCUUGCUAUCUUAAAAUGCCAACUUAUUCCAUUUUUCAUUUCCAAUUUCUGCAUACGCGAGCGCGCGUAUGUUGAAUGUAUGUUUGUAUGUGUGUGUGUGUGUG